GGCCGGGGUGGCUGGUACCCACCUGCCUGCUAGAGACGCCGCAGCCCGGAUCCAGGCGGAGCCGAAACCAUGUCGGACCUGGGCUCCGAGGAGUUCGAGGAGGAGGAGGAGGAGGAGGGAGAGAACGAUCUUGGGGAGUAUGAAGGGGAACGGAACGAGGCAGGCCAGCGGCAUGGAUAUGGGAAGACCCGAUUGCCCAAUGGAGACAUGUACGAAGGGAGCUAUGAAUUCGGUAAAAGACACGGCCAGGGGACCUACAAAUUUAAAAACGGUGCCCAGUACACUGGAAAUUAUUUUAAAAAUAAAAAGCAUGGCCAAGGCACUUUUAUCUAUCCGGAUGGAUCCAAGUAUAAAGGGGAGUGGGCGGACGACCAGCGGCACGGCCAAGGCACGUUCUACUACGUCAACAACGACACCUACACUGGGGAGUGGUUCUCGAACCAGAGGCACGGGCAAGGCACCUACGUCUAUGCAGACACAGGCAGCAAGUACGUUGGCAGCUGGGUGAAUGGGCAGCAGGAGGGCGCGGCCGAGCUCAUCCACCUGAACCACAGGUACCAGGGCAAGUUCCUGAACAAAAAUCCCAUUGGCCCUGGGAAGUACAUAUUUGACAUUGGAUGUGAGCAGCAUGGUGAAUAUCACCUCAUAGACGUGGAAAAAGAAGAGGAAGAGGAGGAAGAAUCAUUAAUAACUGUUGUUCCAAAAUGGAAAGCUAUUAAAAUCACCGAAUUGGCCCUGUGGACCCCAUCUCUCUCCGAGGAGCAGCCCCCUGCAGAGCAGCCCCCUGGCCAGGAAGAGGCCCCAGGAGCUGAGGGUACCGGUGUCCCAGGUGCGGAUGAACUCUCGGAGGAGCUUCUCCCUGAAGGCUAUGAGGGCGAGAUGGAGGCGGGGCUGGGAGAUGAAGACAUGGACGCCUUCGGGCAGGAGAGCCGGGAGGACGGCUAUGACGUGGACCAGGGAAAUGAGAACUUUGAGGAAGACGACAUUAGACAGUCAGAUCUGCAGGAGUAAAGAUGGAGCCGGGCAGAAGGACAGAGAUGCCGGGCAGAGGGUGGUUUGCACCAAUUAGCGGUUAAUCUUUCUUUUGUAGUUGUUUGUUAAGUUGGGUUGCCAUUGUAAAUAAAUAUUGCGUUGUGUUUCUGAUGA